AUGAAUGAGGCUGCACCAUCGCAUAAGACUUUGUAUCGAUGGGAGAAACGUCAAUCAGCGCUCGAUAAACCGUCGAAACCAACAAAAAAUGAUGAUAUUACCACUUGGUUACGGCAAGUAGAACGUGCAUCAUCCACUGCUGUGGAAAGUGUUUUCCCCCGUUCAUCUGGCCGACAAACAGGAAAGGUACUUGUCAAUCAAGCAACUGUCUACGCUAAAGCAACUGAUAAUACCUAUACAGAAGCACGAGAAAUUCUUGAUGAAUGGCUUAAUGAAAAGCUUCGUCUAGAAGCCGGUCUCGAUGAUAGCGAAGAUGAACAUAUAGCUGAAACGAACGUUCGAUCUGUCAAACAAGCGUGUAAUCUCAGUUUCGAUGACGACGAUCAACAACUCGAAUUCCUGCGUGAACCAAAAGAUCUGCUGACAUACAAAGAUCCAAGUCUUUAUUAUGAAACUCAUGAUGAAAGUGAACUAGUCAAAGAUAUUCUUCACGAUUUACGAAGCAAAGAAGUACUAACUCGCCAGCAAUUGAAUGCAAUUGAACAAACAAAACCAACGACAGUUGAUAUUCAAACAAAAAUUGAAGAACGACAUCGACAGGUAAAGGAAAAUCAUGAGAAAAUGCAGCGAGAACGCGAAGCAAAACGAAAACAAGCACAAGCGAAGAAAGAAGCUGAAGCACAAGCUCGUCUCGUUGUUCUGAAAGAAGAACGUGAACGAGCUUUGAAAGCAAAGCAAGAGGAAGAAAUGAUCGAACGACAUGUUGUAGAAAUUCGACGAGAAAUGAACGAAAAACGUUUACAAGAAGACGACCAACGAAAACAUCAACGAGAGUAUGAACAAGCGAGAUAUGAACGAACAAAAGCAGAACAAGAACGAACUCGUAAAGAAGAAGAGUUACACAAACUAAAAGAGAUCGCUCUCAAAGAACAAAAUGAACUAAGGGAAAAACGACUACAAACACUUGUUGAUGAUUUCAUUCGAAUGAAAUCUCUAACAAUUCUACAAAAACAUUUUUCGGCAUGGUUGCACGUGGUCUCGGAGCGACGCUUACAAAUGGGUCGGGCAGCAGCGCUAGCUGAUUGGAAAUUGUUGUUCCAAUCGUUUAAUUAUUGGCGAAGCACAGUACGAACGAAAAAACUCGAAGAAGAAACUGAAGUGCAUAUGACUGAAAUGAAAGUCUUUUCAAUGAAAAUGCAACAAGCAAGUUUACAUUAUGAACGAACACUAUUACGAAAAUCAAUGAUUACCUGGCAAAUCUUUAUUCGUAAUGAGCGUAUAGCUAAAAAUUUAAAACAUGAACAAGAGGCAACCAAACGAAAGAUCGAUUCGUUUCUGGAUGCUGCCUCAACUGGAAAACUUUGGGGAAAUGAACAACAACAGCAAGAACAUCCGCCAUUUCCAUCACAACCUGCAACGACGAAUUCAACCACACGUCAACAAUUAAAAACACGACGAGUGUCGAUAGCAUCACGUCCGUCGUCUAUAACGUCACGAUCACGCUCAGCAGUACCGGUCGGUGACAAAUCAUCGUUAACAACACGAGCACAUUCGGAUAUUAAACUGGAUGAUUUCUUUCAAAUCUCAUCACCGAGAAAUGAACACGAAGAAUCUGAGCAAAAGACAAAUCUGGAAUUGGUAUUGCCAACAGAUACACGUCGUAUGCAUCUUGAUUUCGAUCAAUUAUCAAGUAGUGACGAGGAUUUAAGUAAAAAGAAGCAACGUGAAAGACGUAUUCGCUCGGAAAUGGCGGAACACAAAUCAGCAACACGUGUAAUGAACACCUUUGAAAAUCGUUAUAAUGCGCAAAUGAAAAUGCUGAAAGAGCAGAAUCGUUUACUUAAAGACCAACAAAGAAUGAUAGAAGAACUUAAAUAUCAGCAAGAUCAACAGGUUCUGCACAAUCAGCUGUCAAAUCUCGAAGUACUCAAAGCACAACAAACCGAAAUGGAAGAAAAACAACGGAAACAGUUAGUUACCGACCGACGUCAUGCCACUGCUCUUAUUCAAGCACAUAAUCGUGGUGAAUUACAAAAACAAUUGAAUACAAGUCGAUUAGAUAAUCAAACGGUGGUUACUGAUCGGCCGUCGACUAGAGGCGAAAUGAUAUUGUGGAAUAUGGAAGAACGGGCACGCAAACGCUACGAAAUGAAAACUGAACGUGAAACGAAACGACGAGCGAUUGAAGAAGAAAAAUUAGCGAAAAUACAACAAAUGAUGGAGGAGAAAGUUCGUCAAGAAGAAGAAGAAAAACGCUUGAAAGCAGAAGAAGCACGCGAAAAGCGACGUUUAGAAAAAGAACGUGAAGUCGAACGAAAACAAUUCGAAGAGCGUUUACGCGUUUUAUCUGAAAAAGCCGAUGCACAUUGCCGGCUCUAUCGAAUGCGAUAUUUCGGUAUCAACCCUUUGAAAAAACUGAUAGCUAUUCGUCAUGAACACAUUCAAGCUGCUGAAGAACACCAUAAUCAUGUUCUUAUCCAACGUACGUUCAAUGUUUGGCAUGAAACCAUUCGACACGAUAUCGAUAUCAAAACAGCGCGAGCUGAAGACUUUUAUAAACAUUUACUCUAUCGCCGAUAUUUUACUUCAUGGCAGCGAUACAAGCAACAAACAGAAAUCGCCGAAGAACGUGCCGAAAGACACUACAUGAAUCGUUUAGUGAUCAACACGUUUAAAAUCUGGCAAGAUUAUACUCAAACAGAAAUUCUUCGUCUUUGGCGUUUAGACGAUCUAGCAAGAGAGCAUAAUGUGAAGAGACUGUUGAAAAAUGCUCUUAUCAUUUGGCGACAAUAUCCUGUUGAAGGAAAAAAAGAACGUGAACGGGAAAAACGGCUAGCAGACAUGCGUCUUAAAGUUAAAGAUUUGGUACCAGACUUUCGGGGAACAGAAUCUUCAUCUUCAUCAUUAACUACCGUUACCAGCAAUAUGAUCGAUCGACAUCGACUAGUUCCUCAUUUGAAAGAACAAAUCACCGACGUAGUUCGAGUAUUGACUCAUCAUGAGAAACGCUUUCAAAAGACUCGUAAAGAGAAAAUUACCGAUUUGAACCAAUUGAAACCAGGUGAUCACGUGAGUUUCUAUAAAACUGACUUCUACUACGCUCAUCAUGGUAUCGUUUGUGAAGCACGAACUAAUUAUCUUCGUGUAAUACAUUAUUUCAAUACAUUAGAACAUGCUCGUACUGCAUUAAUGAAAGGUUCGGUCUACAUAGCAGCAAUUAUUGAAAGCGAAUGGUCGGUAAACUUGAAGAGUACAAGUGAAGAUGUCUAUUUACAUCAUUACGAUAAUAUUUCGUGUUUCUCAAAUGAAGAAACGUUACAACGAGCGUUUUCUCAGCUUGGUAAACGUGGUUAUUCGUUGAUCGGAAAUAAUUGUGAACAUUGGGCACGAUGGUGUCGGACAGGUGAACAUUACUCGGAACAGAUUAUCAAAUUUCGCAGCUUGGUUAAAGAAAAAUCAGCGACAUUACUAAUUGUCGAUCCGACCGCUUUGAUUGUUAAAGAUAUUGCAAUGGUCGGUGUACGAACAUUUGGACAGUUUCUUAGUGCGAUUGGAUCUGGAAUGAUCUUGACCACGGUCGAAUCGAUUGCAGCAUUUAUUGAUAUAAGAAAAAAGAGAAAUGAACGAAAAAAAGGAAGUUUAAGCGAUGUGGCGUUGAAAAAAUAUGUCGUGCGACGAAUCACAUCAGCAUCGGGAACAAUAGCCGGAGGAACAGCUGGAACAGUAGUUGGCACAAUAUUGAUCCCAGUUCCUAUCCUUGGUGCCACAGUCGGUGGUGUUGUUGGAAGUGUCGGCGGCAAACUUCUCGGUGGUGUUUCUGGUAUUGCUCUAUCCAAAAUUCUCGAAGUCUACGAGAAAAUCAAAGCAUCGAACAUUAAGAAAAUGACAACAAUACCACAAUUAAUGAGUAAUAUAUCACCAGAAAGUCAAUUGAUACGUGGUCUCAUGACACUGGUACUUGAUCCAGUAGAAGAAAAGCAUAUCGAAAAAGUUGUUCAAGAAGCAAUGGAAGCGAAUCCAUCGUACACAUCAUUGUAUCCAUCGCUAGACGAAUUUUUUCAUGAAAAUGACAAUAAAACAAAGGACAAAUAUGAAAAAGUGCAAGAAUUAUCUACGGAACUGUUCACCGAUGAUCAGGGUUCAGUGGAAUAUUUUGUUUUAACUCCAUUACCGGAUGAGAACGCUCCUGAAGAAUUCGCAUCAUCAACAGAUUUACUUGUGCUACGAUGGCCGGGACACGGAAUGAAACCUUGGGAAUCCGAUGGAGAGAAAGUUUUAGAUAUUAAUGAAUUAAACAAAUCAAAGAGUAAUUGA